AUGUACGUUCUCUCGUUGGUAUUUUCAAGUUCAAUUCAAAAUAUGGCAAAUCAAAUGCCCCAAUUUGAAGAAAUAUGUCUACAUAAGAAUUUCAAAAAAGAGUGUUUUAACUUUAAAGGUGAAGGGACAGCUAUACCUUCAACUUUCAAUGAAGAAACUGUUCGCCCUUGGGUAGAGCUAUUUCAUUUGGAAAUUUUUAUUUGUAUCUUGAAUUUUACUUUGUGGAUUUAUUUAGCUAUCGAUCAAUGGAAAAGAAUUGAAAAAGAUGUUAAAACCUCUAUUAGCAUGUUAUCUCUCUCUUGUUCUAUUGGUGUUCGAAUUCUUUUCUCAACUGUUGCAAUCUGUAUUAGUUUGGUAUAUGGAAGUAAACCCUCGCUGAUAAAAUCAAUUGUUUUGCAACUAUCCCUUUAUCUAGACUACUGUUGUCAUUUUUUCUCCAUUGCAAUUUCAUUUGUCAUAACGCUCAACUACUUUUAUUAUUGUACAUUCCGGAACUGGCAUUCCCGUAAUUUCAAAUUCCAUAAAUUUGGAGUUUUAAUUUUUACUUUUUUAUUUUCGAUUAUCUGUGCAAUGUCUUCAAUACUUACUUCUCAAAUUGAAAGAAUAUUUCAAUGCAAAUUUGGGUUUUUGGAUUUUGGAAAAAAUGAGAAUAUCCAAAUGAUAAUCAACCGAGUGACUUUGAUAUUUCCUUGUGUGUCUCUCAUCAUUGGGUACCUUAUUUUCCGUAUGUCUCUCAAGAAACGAACGAGUGGGGCUGCAAAUCAUAGCAAAUGCAAAGAAAAAAUUGUUUUGCCUAUUUUUGUAACUACCCUGGUUUACACUAUUUUAUGUGUAAUCAAUGAAAUAAUCUACUUCACCACCCGCAAAAGCUCCUACGAAUUCCAAUUUUUAGUUUUUUCCACACUGAGAUUGUCAAAUUCUCUACCGGAAAUAUUGCUGGCAAUACUUCUAAUAUGCACAAAUAAUCAUAUAAAAAUGAAGAAAAAGUGCAUAAAAUGGAUAAAAUCUAAAACUAAUACGUCAACAAGAGUCAAUGUGACAAACCAAAUUUCUUAUACAGCUAAUCCAAUUCAGUAA